AUGUUAGCAUAUGUGCAGUGGAAUUGUAACCCUCAGUUUUCGAAAUUUGGUCCAUUAAAGUUUCGUGAUUUGGGCUCAUUUGAAGUAAUUAAUGUUAGCACGAUUGAUAGAAAUGUUGGAUUUUUAAAAAUGCCGAAUAAUGAAACUCAUAAUAAUGGAAGUUUGACGGAUGCUGCCUUAAUUGGCGAAGAUUAUCAUAAAAUAAUGCUUAAUCCAGUAAUCCAUAGAAAUUUCGGAAUUAAUAUUCCGGGUAAUUGGAUUACUG